AUGCUGGUGAGAAACAGCACCUCAUCCUCUGACUUUGUGCUCCUGGGCCUUCUGGUGAGCAGCGAGGCCACAGGGGUGCUAUUUACAGUCAUCUUUGCAAUCUUCGUGGUGGCUGUCAUGGCAAAUGUGUUCAUGAUAGUCCUGAUCCAAGCCGACUCUCGCCUCCACACGCCCAUGUACUUCCUGCUCAGCCAGCUGUCCGUCAUGGACACCCUCUUCAUCUGCACCACAGUACCCAAGCUCCUGGUGGACAUGGUUUCCGAGGAGAAGACCAUUUCCUUUGUGGCCUGUGGCAUUCAGAUCUUCCUCUACGUGACCAUGAUCGGCUCAGAGUUCUUCCUCUUGGGCCUCAUGGCCUAUGACCGCUACGUGGCCGUGUGUAACCCCCUCAGGUACUCCGUUCUCAUGAACCGCAAGGUGUGUCUUCUGCUGGCUGCUGGGGCCUGGCUGGGCGGCUCCCUGGAUGGCUUUCUGCUCACCACCAUCACCAUGAAUGUUCCAUACUGCGGCUCCCACACCAUCGACCACUUCUUCUGUGAGAUCCCGGCCGUUCUUAGGCUGGCCUGUGCAGACACAUCCCUGUACGAACCCCUGAUGUACAUCUGCUGCGUUCUCAUGCUGCUCAUCCCCAUCUCUAUCAUCUCCACCUCCUACUCCCUCAUCCUGGUCACCGUCCACCGCAUGCGCUCUGCAGAGGGCCGCAAAAAGGCUUUUACCACCUGCUCUUCCCACUUGACCGUGGUCAGCAUUUUCUAUGGGGCUGCCUUCUACACCUACGUGCUGCCCCAGUCCUUCCACACCCCUGAGCAGGACAAGGUGGUGUCAGCCUUCUACACCAUCAUCACACCCAUGCUGAACCCCCUCAUCUACAGCCUCAGGAACAGGGAUGUGAUGGGGGCAUUUAAAAGGAUGCUGACACGUUGCUCAUCUGCUCAGAAAGUAGCGACAAGUGACACCUAG